AUGCUCUCUACUCUUCGAGUUGCCGGCCGCAAGGCUGUGUCCCGUGAGGCUAGCGUGCGCACCGUAAUCGCAGGUGCCAGAUAUGCUUCCACCUGGUCCAAUGUUCCCCAGGGUCCUCCUGAUGCUAUCCUUGGUAUCACCGAGGCCUUCAAGGCCGAUUCCUUCAAGGAGAAGAUCAACCUUGGUGUUGGUGCUUACCGUGACGACAAGGGCAAGCCUUAUGUUCUGCCUUCCGUCCGCGCCGCGGAGGACAAGGUUGUCGCAUCGCGCUUCGACAAGGAAUACGCCGGAAUCACUGGUAUCCCCUCUUUCACCAAGGCUGCCGCCCAGCUCGCCUAUGGAUCCGACUCUCCCGUUCUGAAGGAGGACCGCCUCGUCAUCACCCAGUCCAUCUCUGGUACCGGCGCUCUGCGCAUUGGCGGUGCUUUCCUCCAGCGCUUCUAUCCCCACGCGAAGAAGAUCUAUCUGCCCACCCCUAGCUGGGCCAACCACAAUGCAGUCUUCAAGGACUCUGGACUCGAAGUCGAGAAGUACCGUUACUACAACAAGGACACCAUUGGUCUCGACUUUGAGGGCCUGAUUGCCGACCUCAAGGCCGCUCCCUCCAACAGCAUCAUCCUGCUCCACGCUUGCGCUCACAACCCCACCGGCGUUGACCCUACCCAAGACCAAUGGCGCGAGAUUAGCAACGUCGUGAAGGAGAAGAGCCACUUUGCUUUCUUUGACAUGGCCUACCAGGGCUUCGCCAGUGGCAGCGCCGAUCGCGAUGCCUUUGCUCCUCGUCACUUUGUUGAGCAGGGCCACAACAUUGCUCUGUGCCAGAGUUUCGCCAAGAACAUGGGUCUCUACGGCGAACGUGUCGGUGCUUUCUCCCUUGUCUGCGAGUCGGCCGAGGAGAAGAAGCGUGUCGACUCCCAGAUCAAGAUUCUCAUCCGUCCCAUGUACUCCAACCCUCCUGUGCACGGUGCUCGUGUCGCUUCCACCAUCAUGAACGAUCCCGCCCUGAACGAGCAAUGGCUCGGUGAGGUCAAGGGCAUGGCCGACCGCAUCAUUGAGAUGCGUGCCCUCCUCAAGAAGAACCUGGAGGACCUUGGCAGCAAGCACGACUGGUCGCACAUCACCAGCCAGGUAGGAUUGCUGGCACUUUUCAUCCAAACAAUACUGACACCAAUUGCAGAUCGGCAUGUUCGCCUACACUGGUCUCAAGCCCGAGCAGAUGGAGGCCCUUGCCAAGGAGCACUCUGUCUACGCCACCAAGGACGGCCGUAUCUCGGUGGCCGGUAUCACCACCGGCAACGUCAAGCGCCUGGCUGA